GCCAAUUUCAACAAACAGAGGGCUUUUAUUCUCGCACAUCAUCGCUCGCCCGGGAUUGCAUCCGUGUGAAUUAAUGUCGCGCCCGAUAAUGGACUUCCUCGGACUGUACUUCUUGCAGCUGGCUCUUAUUGGAGUCCCACGUAUGGCUCUGUCUGCGGGCGGGAGGGACUGCCUGCGUGCCGGAGACACCUGCUCCAGCGACGACACCUGCAGCCCGCGACUGCGCACCCUCAGGCAGUGUGUGGCGGGGGACGGCAGCGUGAAGCUGGGGCCCGGGGCGCGAAACCAGUGUGAGAACGCCAUGACGGCGCUGCUGUCCACUCCUCUGCACGGCUGCCAAUGUAAACGAGGCAUGAAGAAGGAGAAGAACUGCCUGAGUAUCUACUGGAGUCUGCAUCAGUCUGUGCUGCACGGACUCAGCCUGGUGGAGAGCUACCCGUAUGAACCGGAGGAGAGGGGCUCCGACUACGUUCGCCUGGCCUCCAUCGCUGCAGAGUCUGAAGUGACGACGGUGAACCGCUGCCUGGAUGCUGCCAAGGCGUGCAACAUAGAUGAGACGUGUCAGAAGCUUCGCACGGAGUACGUGUCGGCCUGCAUCCAGCCGUCAGCCCGCUCGGGGCCAUGUAACCGACCGAAGUGCAACAAGGCGCUGAGGAAGUUCUUUGACCGUGUUCCCCCUGACUACACCCACGAGCUGCUGUUCUGUCCCUGCACCGACACGGCCUGCGCUGAGCGCCGCCGGCAGACCAUCGUGCCGUCCUGCUCCUACGAAGACAAAGACAAGCCCAACUGCCUGGCUCAGCUGCGGGUCUGCAAAGCCGACUACGUGUGCAGGUCUCGCUGGGCACAGUUCCAGUAUGAUUGCCAACCUUCGGAGCAGAGCGCCAGCGGCUGCAAGCAGGAGAACUACGGGGCAUGUCUGCUCGCUUACACCGGCCUGAUGGGAAGCACAAUAACUCCCAACUACCUUGACAACUCCACAUCCAACGUGGGACCCUGGUGCUCCUGCGCAGCGAGCGGCAACCACAGGGAACAAUGCAACGACUUCCUCGCUUUUUUCCACGACAACGUCUGCCUGAAAAACGCCAUCCUGGCCUUCGGGAAUGGAUCGGACGUGAAAACGGGCGCCAGCCAGCCCGGGAUGGCCGGUACGGUGACGGACAACCAGAGCCCGCACCUGGCGACCACCACCACCACCCCGGGCGUCGCCAUGGAAACAGAGCAGAACAUUCUGAGAGCACAGAUACCCACUCAGGUAAACGAGAACGACAGAUUGUGGGGCGACGAGGGGGACUCCACCCUUCCCUCUCCGGGCCUGUCGGACCGCGGGGCCGAGCCCGCCCGCCUCUCCCUGCUGCUGGGCCUCGGCUGGCUGCUCCCGCUGCUGCUGUCCGACCAAUAA